CUCGAAGAAUGAUCCGUGUGGCCUCGUGUUCUUUGCCGUUUUACAUGUAUUAACUCAAGACUGAAGUUUGGGAAACAAAUAUUGCAGUAUUAACAGAUAUAUAGUUUUGAUUCAAGAUGUCGCUGUGGGCGAGGGCUCAGCAGCUACCCCAGGAGAGCUUGCAGAAGGUACGCGCUAUCUAUGGUGACCACUUCCCAAUUGAGGUCCGUCAUUGCUUGGCGCCGUGGAUCGAGAGCAAAAUAUGGACGGCAGAACCUGAAGAGCAGCAACGCUUCUUCGUGGAGGAACUGGUGCAGGAGAUAAAGACCACAGCUGAGCUGAUGCUGUCACCGGACAUGUUUGUUACUAAGAUGAAGCUGUUCGAAGCUGCCAAAGCGUUCCAUGCGCAGUACAGUCACGCUCCCCACGAACUCUACGCGUACAUCCGUCGUUGCCUCGCCUUGGAAAUGGAAGUCAUACAGAGCGCUACCCAAUACGUGGCCCAGCCACACACUGAGAGGAAAUACAGCGAGUUGCUGACAGACUUGCAAACCGUCCGCCAAAAGGUGACGAUGGUCAGCGAAGAGAUCCGGUCGCUUCAGGCCCACAACGAAUCGUUCUCGCUCCAAUACCAUGAGUGUCUCAAGAACAAAGGUCACAUCCAGUACCUGCAGUCUUCUGGACAACUGACCAACGAGCGACGUGAGUUGGAGGCGUGUCUCCGCAGCCAGAUCGAGGAGAUGGAGAGGAAACUUAAUGCUUUGGUGGCUCAAAUCAAGCAAGCCCAGAUGGAGCUAGUGGACCAUAUAAAGGAGAACAUCGCUACCCUACGACAGCUUCAGAGCAUUGUUUUGGACGACGAACUAAUCAGAUGGAAGCGAGAGCAACAGCUCAGCGGUAACGGGCACCCGAUGCAGUCCAACUUGAAUUCCAUCCAGGAGUGGUGCGAAAUGCUUGCUGACCUGAUUUGGACUACGCGUCAGCAGGUGAACAACGCAACGCGCAUCAAUAGCAAAACCAUCGUACAACUGCGUCAGCCACACCUCGAGGAAAUGCUGGAGGAUAUGGGCAAACAGGUCACCAGCCUUCUGUCCACCCUCGUGACUUCGACCUUUGUGAUCGAGAAGCAACCUCCUCAGGUUAUGAAGACCAACACACGGUAAGUGUUAAUAUUAUGUGAGGAGUGUCUUUUGAAAAGGGCUUAUUUCUCAUAUUUUCUGUAUAAAAUACUCGUACUCUCCUACACUCAGUUCAGGCUUACAUUGUCCAAUGAUUCGCCGGCCGGGCGAGGCAAGCAACCUGUCAAGUGCGGAGAAAUUCUGAACAACAGCGGGUGUAUGGAAUACCAACCCACGAGUCGGCAGCUUAGCGUCAGCUUUCGAAAUAUGCAGCUGCGUAAAAUCAAGCGUGCCGAAAAGAAAGGGACAGAAAGCGUUAUGGAUGAAAAGCUGACUCUUCUCUUCCAAUCAGAAUUCAACGUUGGCGGUGGAGAACUGGUGUUCCAGGUGUGGACCCUAUCCCUGCCUGUGGUUGUCAUCGUACACGGGAACCAAGAGCCCCACGGGUGGGCUACAGUUACAUGGGAUAAUGCCUUCAGCCCCGCUGGGCGAGUACCAUUUGCUGUGCCAGACAAGGUGACAUGGGGUCAACUCGCCGAGACACUUCGAGUCAAGUUCUACUCCGCUACGGGCGGUGAUCUCUCAGAGGACAAUCUACGAUUCUUGGCCGAAAAGAUAUUCAGAUCGAACGUGCCCCACAACCAGAUCGAGCUGAACAACCUGACCGUCUCCUGGAGUCAGUUCUGCAAGGACGCCCUCCCUGAACGCAGCUUCACCUUCUGGGAGUGGUUCUACAUGGUCGUCAAGGUUACCAGGGACUAUUUGAGGACACUGUGGGUCGAUCGACUGAUCAUGGGCUUCAUACAGAAGAAACAAGCGGAAGACAUGCUCUCUAAGUGCGCUCCAGGCACGUUUCUACUUCGCUUCAGUGACUCCGAGCUUGGCGGGAUCACUAUCGCUUGGGCCGGAGAUGGUCGCGAAGUGUUCAGUCUACAACCAUUUACAUCGCGCGAUCUCACUCAACGACCAUUGGCCGACCGUCUGUCUGAUCUGACGCAGCUACAGUACUUAUACCCGAACGUAGCUAAAGACGAUGUGUUCUCCAAGUAUUACACGAAACACGAAAAUGAAAUGCUGAAGAACGGUUACGUGAAACCGGUGCUAGUGACUACAUUGCCUCCGUACAUGUCCCCGUCACCCUACGCCCACUCCCCGGAUAGUCAGCGGAACACGCCCAGCGUUCAGAGCAGCUACCUGAGCGCCGCAACCCCCGCGCUAACCGAGAGCUCAUUCAUGGACAGCGACCUAUUUGAGCAAAUCCGGGCCUUCGAGCCCGACAGCAUGGAAGACUUCACGUUCUACCAGGGCAACAUGAGUAACAUGUCCAACAUGUCUAACAUGACCAACAUGUCUAAUAUGAGGGAGUGAGAUACCAGAAUUGAGAAGAAAAUAAUUUAAAUUGAAGAAGUAUAUGACGGUUGAAUGAAAUUUUCAGUCAAUUUUAGCUUAAAAUUUAACCAUUUUUAGUCCAUGUAGAUUCCGUGCCAUAGAGUUCAAAACUAUUUACAAAUUAUUAGUUUUAUUCAAAGCUUUUAUUAUAUUAAGAUUUAAUUAUGUAUACGUUAUAUAAAUACGAAAGCUGCAUAUGCAAUAGUAGGCCUUUUAAUUUUUAAAUAAUUAAAGUGUAAAGUGUUAUGUAAAUGUAGAAAUAAUACUAACACUAUGUAUAACCUAUAUUUAUUUGGGAUAUGGGUCUAUAACGCUAUAUGUAUAGGAUCCCAAAAAACAGGUAUUUUUUUACAUUUCAUCCUUAGCCUAAAGUUUAGACUUUAAAAUUAGAUAAUGCUUAAGACGUAUUACCAUGACGUAUAGAGAAACAAAAAUAUAACAUUCUUAAGUUUUUUCGAUUUCAAAGUAAGAUAAAAUUUAAACAACUUUUAUUGACAUUUAAAUGCAUUUAUUUGUUAAAAUGCAAAUGUUACAUUUAUUUUGUGUAUUAAAAAAGUUUUAAGUGCCAUUUUAACAAAAUAUGAAAGAAAUAUAUCUAGAUUAUAGUAUUUAAAUUUCUUCACUUCGCACAAUAAAUGUUAAAAAUAAACACGGAAAAUAUAUAACACAUCAAUAUGACAGCACAACACACUGAUCUUCAAAAUAGAGCGAACUAUGUGUUAAUUCUUAUGAUUUUUUAAUUUUGAUAAUCCUGUACUCAAAGGUCGGAAAUCACAUUUUUUUGUUAAUAGUACAGAUUUGAUAAUAGUUACAGAGGCUGUAUCUAUUAUCACAUUUUACGUCAUACAAAAAGAAAUCAAGAAUUAUUCACUUUACUGUACUUUGCCACUGCAAAUGACAUGCAUAAAUUACAAAAAAGUGUAUUACAUAAUGUGUCGUGAUUUGCACAGUAGAAAACGUUCGACUGAGAUCGUAUGAGAUGUUUAAUCCAUAUAAAUUAAUAUCGUUGCUUACAGUAUGAUGUCAUAUUUUGUAAAGCCUAGCCUACAUCAAAGAUUUUUGCGAUUUCGGCCUGCAAAAUGGGAAUUAUAUGAAGUAUGUAUAUUUAAGACUAAGAUUACUUAUACAAAAUACUACGAAUGUUGAUUAAAUUAAGGUCAAUGCAAUUUUAAAUGUUAUAUGUAAUAUUGGAACUAUUAAUUGUAAUAUAGAUAUAAAUGAGUGUUGCUUACUGCAUUUAUUUUAUGUGCAUACCUAGUUAUUGUAAUGGGGUUCUAAGAAACAAUCACUAGGUCAACGGAUGUACAGUCAAGUGCAAAAAUAUGUAUCCAAAAAAAUCGUCCCAUAAAUAUCACAAAUCACAAAUCGUUUAUUUGCCAAAAAAUAUCUACAUAGGUACAUUUAAAAAAUAAAAAUAAAAAAAAUAAAAAUAUGGUAAUAAAAGUAAUAAUUUUCUGAAAAUAAAAGAUUUCUUUCUUUCUUUCUUUAUUUCUUUCUUUCUUUCUAAUACGCUCUCAUUACACCGGACUAAGAUGCUAUGGGACAUAUUUUUGAGUAAAAUCUGUACACCCAUAUUUUUAACACUUGACUGUAAUAAAGUAGAAGUCUACACACUAUUAUUGCUGACUGUACUUCUCAGUCAAUCAGGUUCUUAUCGAGAUAUUUCUAAAGAGCCUAAAUUCUAAGUGUGAUUUACCCUCAAGGUUAUAAUUAAACCCCAUUCUAUAACCGUUAUUCUAUGUUAUAUUGUAUAAACAUGUGCUUUAGUGUAACACGUAAUUCGUCCCCUGUUAUUAGUAAUGUAUUUGACAAUGACUAGGUAUCUCUAAAGGUUAGACAAGUAAAUAAUAAAUACUAUAUUAUUGUUAUUGUAGACCUGUUGUGAAAUAGAAAUGUUAAUCAGUGUUUUCCUGGUCCAAUGUGAACCUCUUUUUAAAACCCCCAAAGAACUUUGAUCGUGUUUUAGGUAACAACAUCGUUUUAUUAGAUUUUACCAUUGAAAAUAAAAUAAUUGACCAAAGAACCAAAAAUAACUUAAAAAUUACCAGCCUUGAUAUUAGUAAUGUUUAAUUUAAAUAGUAACUUUACUUCUUAUGUUAUUAUUAUUUACUUGUCUGAAUUAAAAAAAAAAGCCUUAAUAUUAAAAAUACGAAUGAAAAGAAAUGAACGAAAAACAAGGACCACAAAUAUAAAUAAUGUCAAAUUAUAUUGUCAAUAUUAGCAAACCCUUUUUUGGUGAAAUUGUGAUAAUAACCAAGGAAUGAUAUUUACAAUGAUGGAAAGGAAGGGUCAAAAAUGUCCAAUGAAAAUAUACAAUUGUCAAAAUUAACGGUUUGUUAUUACAAAUGUCCAAUUUGUGAUACGAGUGGCCUUACUUUGUUCCAUUAAAUAAAAAUAAAUGUUGCUUAUGUAUGUUG